AAAAUAGGCCCAUCUGCCCAACACUUAGCCGCGGCCCUGGCGUCCGCGUUCCCCGUAUUUGACGACACAGUCGACUACAUGAACGGAGUCACAGAGUCUCACAGUCAAGCGAAAGUGGCGGAGAUAGAGGACAGCGAUGAUGUGAACUCAGACGCCACACCCACUUCGGUGCCUAUGUACAGUAAGGUGCAGCGUACGUGCCUGGAGUUGUACCACCGCUUCAGAGCUGCCGACCCCAAGUGCUUUGAUUUUGCCGAUGUUGAUACGAUAUGUUUCAGUGCGGCCCCAACUGUAGCACUGUCGCUUCUGCAACAUAAAGUGAUUACCCCCAGAAACGAAACAGAUGACACAAUCGCUCGAUGGAGUCAGUCGGGCAAGACUGUAUUGGCAAGCGACCCACUGGUAGUGCAACUGAGAGCAGCGUCUGUGUGUGCCGUGGAGAGCUUAGCAACAAGAACGAAAAUUCCCCGGUACGAGAUUUCGCACUUUUUGAGUGAACAACACCGAAAGAGUAAAGGUAGCUUCCGCAUCAACGCGAUCCCUUGCCGAGACACGUUUGCCUGGUAGGCGGUCCAUGGGAUGCCGCAGAGCUUGCAGAUUCCAGAGGCGGGACUACAUAUAUAUAGUUCACUAAACUUAGUUUCAAACCUCGUUAGGUAGUAAAAUAUAGUGAGGUUGCGGUAUCGAAAAACCAUUCCCAGGGUUUGUGCAACAGUAUCAUGUCAAUCGCUUUUAUGCAUGUCAUAUAUCACCAUCCACGAGCUACUCCGAUAAAUUCACCUGUUGCAUUGUAGUUAUAGGUUCAUGAGAUAUUGAUCUUUAUUCCUUAGGGCCAUGUGAGGAUGUAAUAUAGCAUCUAAAUGUCUAUAAUUCUCUCUGCAAGUACUAGAAAGGGGUAGUAUAAUAACAAAACGAAGCUAUGGUGCGAGACGAGAUGCUCUUUCAGUAACCACAUUCGUUACAGUAGAACUCCCGAUUCAAAUAUUAUAAAGGUG